AUGGCUAACAAUGCGCGUUUGCUUUCUGCAGUUCGAUUCCUCGACCUCAUCAAACCCUUCUCGCCAAUCCUCCCAGAGGUGCAGCAACCCGAGACGAAGGUCCCUUUCAACCAAAAGCUGAUGUGGACGGGUUUGACACUCUUGAUCUUCUUGGUGAUGAGCCAGAUGCCAUUGUAUGGCAUCGUGUCCUCAGAUACCUCAGAUCCACUAUACUGGCUGCGCAUGAUGUUGGCGAGUAACAGGGGAACGCUGAUGGAGUUGGGUAUUACGCCAAUUAUCUCCUCGGGAAUGGUCUUCCAGCUUCUUGCCGGUACACACUUGAUCGAUGUCAACCUUGACUUGAAGGCCGACCGCGAGCUCUACCAGACUGCACAGAAGCUUUUCGCUAUCAUCUUGUCUAUGGGACAGGCCACGGUCUACGUAUUCACUGGUCUUUAUGGUCAACCAUCCGACCUCGGUGCCGGUGUUGUUUUCCUCUUGAUCCUCCAAUUGGUUGUUGCUGGUUUGAUUGUUAUUCUCCUCGACGAGCUCCUGCAAAAGGGAUAUGGCCUUGGAAGCGGUAUCUCACUCUUCAUUGCCACCAACAUCUGCGAGUCCAUUGUGUGGAAGGCAUUUUCCCCAACAACCAUCAACACCGGCCGUGGACCAGAGUUUGAGGGCGCCGUUAUCGCACUCUUCCACCUCCUCUUCACAUGGCCAAACAAGCAACGUGCUCUCCAAGAGGCCUUCUAUAGACAAAACCUCCCAAACAUCAUGAACCUCCUCGCUACACUUAUUGUGUUCGCCGCUGUUAUCUACCUCCAAGGUUUCCGUGUCGAGAUCCCAGUCAAGUCUUCCCGACAACGUGGCGCUCGCGGAUCAUACCCAGUCCGUUUAUUCUAUACCUCGAACAUGCCUAUCAUGCUCCAGUCAGCUCUGUCUUCCAAUGUCUUCUUAAUCAGCCAAAUGCUCUACUCUCGCUUCUCUGAGAACCUACUCGUCCAGCUUUUCGGAGUUUGGGAGCCAAAGGAAGGAUCUGCACAACUUUUCGCUACUUCAGGUCUCGCAUACUACAUGUCUCCUCCACUGAACUUCACCGAUGCUCUUUUGGACCCCAUCCACACCGCUGUCUACAUCAUCUACAUGCUCGUCGCAUGCGCUGUCUUCUCCAAGACCUGGAUUGAGGUUUCCGGCUCUUCCCCAAGAGAUGUCGCAAAGCAGCUCAAGGAUCAGGGUCUCGUCAUGGCUGGUCACAGAGAGCAGAGCAUGUAUAAGGAAUUGAAGCGCAUCAUUCCAACUGCUGCCGCUUUCGGUGGUGCUUGCAUUGGUGCUCUCUCAGUUGCCAGCGAUUUGUUGGGGGCUCUCGGUUCCGGUACUGGUAUCCUGUUGGCUGUCACCAUCAUUUACGGAUAUUUCGAGAUAGCCGCGAAGGAAGGGGAUAUGGCGGGAAUGAAGGGAAUGAUCAUGGGCUAA